CUUUGUAAGAAAGAUACUGAAGUUUUGUUAUAAUAUACUAAGCAUUAUAAUAUGUAUAUCUCAAUAACUAUUUGAAAUAUAAUUUAUAAACUUAAUAGCUUGAUAAGUUUUUUCAAUUAUAAACAGUGAAGAAGUAAAUUUAUAGACGUUUCCGUUUCUUAACUGAGAAUGCUGUCCAAUUUUGCGAGUUCUCAGGUACAAACUGAAAGUAAAGUCUCGAUAGAAAGUGAAAACAUGAUUGAAUCAGUAGAAAAUACAAAAAGACUAAGAAAAAAACCGUGGUAUGAGUUUGAAACAAAAAUCAUUUGGCACAAUGCGAUAUUUUUAGUAAUUUUUGAAACUUUAGCUGUUUAUUGGACUUUGAGUUUUCCGUAUUGGCAACAAUUCAAAGUGUUCUUUUGGGGAUUAUGUCUGGCAAUCCCAAUAACAAUCGGAGUAACCGCUGGGGCUCAUCGGAUGUGGACACAUCGUGCAUACAAAGCAAAGACGCCUCUUAGAAUUAUUCUUGCUGUUUUCUUCUACAUGGCCGGGCAGAAUAGUAUUUUUAACUGGGUGAGAGACCACAGAGUUCAUCACAAGUAUUCUGAGACGCCAGCAGAUCCUCAUGAUAGCAAUCGUGGUUUUUGGUUCAGUCACAUGGGCUGGUUGAUGUUAAAAAAACGACCAGAAGUUAUUCAACGCGGUAAAGGAAUUGACAUGAGUGACAUUUUGAACGAUCCAGUUGUCCAAUUCUUUGAUGGACACCAUGCCAUGUUCAAGUUACUGUUAGCUUUUGUAAUUCCAACUUUUAUUCCCAUUUACUUCUUUGGGCACAGCUGGAAGUGGACUCUAAUAGCUCAAUUUAUUGUACGAUAUGGGUGGACUUUAAAUUUUACAUGGUCGGUCAAUAGUUUUGCUCACAUGUAUGGAUACCGACCUUACGACAAAAAUAUUGGACCGGCAGAAAAUAUUAUGGUAAGUUAUGUAGCUGGAGGUGAAGGAUGGCAUAACUUCCACCAUGCUUUCCCAUGGGAUUACAAAGCUGCCGAACAUAAAAGUGUAUUUUUUAAUUAUACAACUAGUAUUAUCGAUAUGUUCGCUAAAAUUGGCUGGGCUUACGAUUUGAAACAAGCAACUCCUGAACAAGUUAAAAAACAUGUCGAGAAAAAUGGUGAUGGAACUCGUGCAAUUAAACUAUUAUAAACGUGUUAUAAUAGUAAUAAUCAAUCAUUCAUUACUUAAUAGCCAAUAGGGGAGGGUGGGGCAGAGCGGCCCCCCUGAAAUUUUGAUCAAAAAAAAAAUUUUUUUUUUUUCGACUAAUUACUAUAAAUCCGAUAUGUUUGCGCAUUUUUAGCCCUACGCAUGACAUUUGGGGCAAAAUGGACAAGCCCAAAAUUUUGAAAAAGUGAUUUCAUAUUUUUAUCGUCAAAUUAAAAAAAAAUUAUUAUAAUUCCACAUUUCUAGCCCUACGCAUAACACCUGGGGCAAAAUGGACCAGCCGAAACUUCCGAAAAAAUUAUUUUUUCAUAUUUUUCGGCCGUUUCUCUAUGUAAGAGGCAAAUUUGGUCGCUAAAAAUUUAUAAAAAUUAAAUUUUUUUUUUUAGUUGAUAAAUUUUUGAAAUAAAGUAAAACUAUAGAAUUGAUUUUUUUUUUUAUUAAAUAACAAUUAGUAAUUAAGGUAAUCUCGGCAUCUAUAUUCCAUGCGCCAGAAAAUCCAACUUUCUGGCCUAGGGUAGUAAUAUACUAUUUAAAAAUAAAUCUAUGAUAAAAGAUUUUUUUUAACAAGACUUUAAUUAUUAUCGAAAUGCAAUCAUCUAAUUCAAAAAAUCUAAAUUAACGCCGGUCAGAAGAGAAAACGUAUUUUAAAUUUGCAACAAAGUAUCAUGUUGUCAUUCAAUAUUUUUAAUAGGAAUUAAAUUUACAUUGUAAAUGUUUUAUAAAAUAGAUUAUAUAUGAAUAUACAUUGUAUGACACGAUACAUCAAUAUUAAAAAGAAUUAGAAUAUUAAAUUCAUCGCCAAUGUUGCCGUCUACUAGAUAUAAAAUUGUUUGACCAACUUCAGUUGGUCAUAUAAUCAGUGAAUUUUAAGUAAUCGAACGAUACGGAAGUUUAUUAUUAUAAUCGUACACGCCAUAACAUUAAUUUGCCGAUAGUUAUUGAAAGUAUUUAAUUGUAUGUAAUUAUUUUAUAAAUUUGAUCACGAUACAAACACUAAAAAUAAAAAAAGAAGUACUUUGAGUGGAAAAUUUUUUUAUUUUUUACAUUAAAAUAAGCUUAUAAUUUAGUUCCCAGUUACAACUACGACCAAAAAUUUGAACUAAACAUGACGGAGUUAUUGGAAGACAAAAGUAGAUUAAAAAAAAAAAUGUGGUAUGAAUUUCAAACAAAACUGGUUUGGACAAACGUGAUUUUAAUGUCAGUUUUGCAUCUUGUGUCUUUAUAUUACUUUUUUACUUUUCCGUAUCGGCAACAACUCGGAGUAUUUAUAUUUGCAUUUAUUAUUUCUUUAUUUGCGAAGUUCGGAGUAACCGCUGGGGCUCAUCGGCUGUGGACACAUCGUGCAUACAAGGCGAAAACUCCGCUUAGAAUUAUUCUUGCUGUUUUUUUCUACAUGGCCGGACAG